AAACACGAAAUUCCCGAGAAAAAAGAGAUCUAAGCACACGCGCCGGUAAUGCGGGUGAAUAUUUAUAAGCGCCUCAUAAAUCUGCACACAAUACCCGAUAUUCUCCAUUUGUGAUUCUCCGGUCACGGUUGACGUAAGGUUAUGAACGUAAUCGCUAAUGUUUUAAUCGUUAUUGGCACCUGCCAGGGAUACUCGCUGCCCAGAGGCGGGGAAACCAAUGACGUUGAGCCCGUAAGUAUUCUUCAGGAGAGAUGGUUCAAGCAACCGCUGAACCACUUCGAUAACUCGGACACGCGCACAUUUCAAACUCGUUACUUCGAAGAUUCCGGCCACUAUUCCAACGGAGGGCCCCUGGUUUUGGAAGUGGGCGGUGAAGGCCACCUCGACCCGAACGUUCUAAGACUGGGGCAGAGCUAUGAGUUCUCCAAGGAGGUCGGUGGACGGUUUCUCGCCUUGGAGCACCGGUACUACGGCAAAAGUUCGCCCUUUACGAACUUGACCGCCGAAAAUUUGAGGUACCUCUCCGUGGCGCAAACCUUGGAGGACUUGGCCAAUUUCGUUGAUACCAUCCGAAAGUCUGCACCUAAGAACUGCAAGGUGGUUGCGUUUGGCUGCUCGUACUCGGCCUCUUUGGCGACGUGGUUCAGAUAUAAAUAUCCACAUUUGGUAGACGCGGUUUGGGCGAGCAGCGCCCCGUUGCGAGCCGUUUCCGACUUCUACGAGUACCUGGAGGUCGCUGGCGAGGUAUACUCGAAUGUCAGCGGAAUCUGUUACAACAAAAUCCGCGACGGUUACACUGAAAUAAAACGGCGGCUCUCAACGCCUUCGGGUCGAGAAGAAGUGGUGAAGGCCCUCGAGAACUGGAGCUGCGGCGAUCCGGCCGAAAUGAACAACAGUGUUAUUUUGAGCAACAUCAGAUACGUAGUCGCCGAUCACAAUAUUCCACCGGAUCACGGCAUCAGCAGCUGUCACAUUUUUCAAAACGUCACGAACGCCUUUCAAGCCAUGAUACUCUUCCUCAAGGCGAAAUCGGCCGAGGUCUGCUCGGAGGAAGACACCUCCUACCCAAACGACGAAGUGGCAUGGACCUACCAAACCUGUACGGAAUUUGGAUUCAGCAUAACGCUGAGUUCGCCCAAGCAACCAUUCCACGACUCCCUCUCGGUAAUCGACAGCGAUCUGAAGAGUUGCUCGACGGAAUUCGGAGAGCAGUUCAACAAAGAGCUGUUGAAGAAAGGUAUCGAUCGAAUUAACCGACGGUACGCGUCGCAAGACAUCGACGUGACGAAGGUGCUGAGCGUCCACGGUGCCCAGGAUCCGUGGCAUAAGCUGGGACUUUACCAAGAGCGCAACGGCGAGGCGCCCGUUAUCGUAAUUCCCGGGGUCUCGCACUGUGCCGACCAGCUUUCACAAGACGGCGAACCUCCUCAGCUUGUAGAGGCCCGUGGGAGGGCGAAGUCGAUCGUCAAACAAUGGCUGAAAUAAUUAUAAAGUUUUUUUUAAAUAUAAAUCGCCUGUUAUGGCCGUGAUGUUCGCGCGUUUGUAGCCAUUAGACCUCUAUCUUAAAAAUUGCGCAGCGAUAAAAUAUCAAAUCUUCGCUGGAACGGGAUUUGCGAUUAUCUUACGCUACACUUUGCAGAAACACAAAAGGUCGACUCUCUUGACCUAUAACGAAUGGUCCCUGACCCUGGCACUCACUUUUAUAAUAAUAAAAAACGUUUUCCUGGUAGCCAGUAAACAUUUAUCACACGUUAAUCAAGUACUUCGUGAAAUAAGAACAGGCACAUUAUAUUCUCCUGUUUAGCAGCAAAUGGUGUAUGGGAACCUUAGAAAAAGACCUCAUGUAUUAUGUUUCGGCAGGCCAUUUCUGAAAAUAGUUUGGUGUAAUUUGGAAACAAAAAUUGAAAUGACACCGAUAAACGGUAAAUGGUAUGACCUUAUAUGGAUCUCACGGUGUCCCAAAAGAGUGUGUCCUGUGGGUCAAACUACUUUAUAAAGCAUGCAUACGCGAUUUUGCCAUUUAAUGUGUAAGAAUAUGUGUACCAAAUUUAGUUCCAAUUGAUUUAACGCUCCGUGAAAGAAAAUUGAUAGCGGCACCAUAGUGUAAAAUUACAAAGCGAUAAUAUUUAAACAAGAAUUACGCAUUUACAAACAAAUCACAAACACUGAAUUUUGUAUUCACUCUGUUCUUAUUUCGUAAAUAAAUCCCGAGAUUUACUUCA